GACAACCAAAGAAGAUGCACAAAUUGUGGAUUUAUGUUGUGAUAUUUUUUUCGUCUCAGGAAUGGUUUCUAACCCAAGGAACUACCAACUCAAAUGUCAUUGUGAACACAACUACUUCACCUCUGAAAGUUUAUGUUAACAAAAAGGAAGUCUUCAAUCUUGGGAGCGAUGCUAGACUCAUCUGCAGCAAUAGCAAUUGGACUAAGGCAGUGUUUGUUAUCUGGAACAUUGAACUGAAACACAAAACCUGUAAGAUCUCCUUUAACCAUGAGGGUCAAAGCUUUGACUCCUGCAAUGAUGGAAAAUCGAUACAAAACUCAACUGAUCAGUCAUUCCUGCACAUCCCAAACUUUUCAGUCAAUGAUGUUGGAGCUUACAAGUGUGAAUCAACUUGGACAGGAGGAAAUGAAAAUUAUAACAUCAAAGUGGGUGGCACAGCUCCACCUGUUGUAUCUGCCUGGUUAAAGCAAAGGGGCAACAAGAUGGUGGCUGUGUGCAGAGCUGAAAGAGGGAUUCCUGCUGCCAACAUCAGCUGGAGUGUCACAGGAAAUCACUCUGUGACACAGCAGAAUGACAGAGAUGGAUUUGUAACAGUAGAGAGUCAGCUGGAGGUCCCUGAAGACAUUGAUCGAGAAAGCUUGACCUGCAUUGUCCGGCACCAGUUGUGGGAGCGGGAGAAGACUGAAAUGCCAAAAUUCAGAGAAGGCUACUCUUUAAUGAUGGGGAUACGUAUUGCUGUGGUUUUCAUCAUAAUCAUUUUAGGAUUAUUGAUUUUUGCUCUAAGAAAAUGGAGAUGUCGACAGUGAUUCAUAAACCAAUUCAUCACCAGGAACCAUAUCAUGGCAGCCAUUUUUGUUCCAGAAGGUGUGUUUGUAAAUAACUGGGGUCAGGAGGUCACUGCAUUAUUUUUGAUUUAUGUUGGAUGAUGCUGGAUAUGAAGAGGAUCUGUGGAACAGAAAAUACAAUCAGUGGAGAGCAACAAAUGUUCAUGGUGACAGAAUUGGCCAAACUGGAGUUUUUGGAUUUCAUCAAUACCACAGGUUCUCAUUCAUAACAGCCUCGUCGCAUCAAACAUGCCCAUCAAGCUUUGGCUGUAAGUAUAGACUCAGCCUCUUCACCUGUUUUCUACAUUAAUUAUAAAAAUAUUUUAUUUGAUGAAGGACAAAGCUGCUUUCUCCCCCUGCAAUUCUUUGUGUCAAUUACAGCCGUUGUA